GGGCUGGCCUGUCCUCACCACCCCAUCCGGCCGCCUGCCCGUCCUCCCCAGGGCGGGAAAGGGGGUGGGCCAGCUCCCCCAAAGCCCCAGGAGAACAGGCUGUUGUCGGGGGUGGCCUGGGUCUGGAGAUGGGGGGUGGUGGUGGCCACAGCAGAGGCUCCAGGAGGUGACCGCCUGGUUUCCAUUAGGGAGUCCUGGUCAGCAGCUUGGGCGAGACGGCAGAGUCAGGGCUGGCCAUGUGGCCGAGCCUGCUGCUGCUCCUGCUGUUGCCGGGCCCCCUACCCGUUGCCGGCAUGGAGGACGAUGCGUUCCCCCACCUGGGGGAGAGCUCGCAGCCCCCGCCCCGGGCCUGUCCCCCUCGCUGCUCCUGCCCCCGAGUCGACACUGUGGACUGUGAUGGCUUGGACCUUCGAGUGUUCCCGGACAACAUCACCAGAGCCGCUCAGCACCUCUCCCUGCAGAACAACCAGCUCCAGGAACUCCCCUACAAUGAGCUGUCCCGCCUCAGUGGCCUGCGAACCCUCAACCUCCACAACAACCUCAUCUCCUCCGAAGGCCUGCCUGACGAGGCCUUCGAGUCCCUCACCCAGCUGCAGCACAUCUACGUGGCUCACAACAAGCUCUCAGUGGCCCCUCAGUUUCUGCCCCGGUCCCUCCGAGUCGCAGAUCUGGCUGCCAACCAAGUGAUGGAGAUCUUCCCCCUCACCUUUGGGGAGAAGCCGGCACUCAGGUCCGUGUACCUCCACAACAACCAGCUGAGCAACGCUGGCCUGCCCCCCGACGCCUUCCGCGGCUCCGAGGCCAUCGCCACCCUCAGCCUCUCCAACAACCGGCUCAGCUACCUGCCGCCCAGCCUGCCGCCCUCACUCGAGCGGCUCCACCUGCAGAACAAUCUCAUCUCCAAGGUGCCCCGAGGAGCCCUGAGCCGCCAGACUCAACUCCGCGAGCUCUACCUCCAGCACAACCAGCUGACGGACAGCGGCCUGGAUGCCACCACCUUCAGCAAGCUGCAUAGCCUUGAAUACCUGGAUCUCUCCCACAACCAGCUGACCACAGUGCCCGCCGGCCUGCCCAGGACCCUGGCUAUCCUGCACCUGGGCCGCAACCGCAUCCGGCAGGUGGAGGCGGCUCGGCUGCAUGGGGCGCGUGGUCUGCGCUAUUUGUUGCUGCAGCACAACCAGCUGGGGAGCUCAGGGCUGCCCGCCGGGGCUCUGCGGCCGCUGCGGGGCCUGCACACGCUGCACCUCUAUGGCAAUGGGCUGGACCGCGUGCCUCCGGCCCUGCCCCGCCGCCUGCGCGCCCUGGUGCUGCCCCACAACCACGUGGCCGCGCUGGGUGCCCGCGACCUGGCCGCCACACCGGGCCUGACGGAGCUUAACCUAGCCUAUAACCGCCUGGCCAGCGCCCGCGUGCACCACCGGGCCUUCCGCCGGUUGCGCGCCCUGCGCAGCCUCGACCUGGCGGGGAAUCAGCUAACCCGGCUGCCCAUGGGCCUGCCCACCGGCCUGCGCACCCUGCAGCUGCAACGCAACCAGCUGCGGAUGCUCGAGCCCGAGCCUCUAGCCGGCCUGGAUCAACUGCGGGAGCUCAGCCUGGCGCACAACCGGCUCCGGGUCGGCGACAUCGGGCCAGGCACCUGGCAUGAGCUCCAGGCCCUUCAGAUGCUGGACCUCAGCCACAACGAGCUGUCCUUUGUGCCCCCGGACCUGCCUGAGGCCCUAGAAGAGCUGCACCUCGAGGGCAACCGCAUCGGCCACGUGGGCCCCGAGGCCUUCUUCAGCACACCCCGCCUGCGUGCCCUCUUCCUUAGGGCCAACAGGCUUCACAUGAUGAGCAUCGCGGCCGAGGCCUUCCUGGGGCUCCCGAACCUGCGUGUGGUGGACACGGCAGGGAAUCCAGAGCAGGUCCUGAUCCGGCUGCCUCCCACCACCCUACGUGGGCCACGGGCAGGGGGCCUGUGAUCCUGGAGAGGCCCAGCAGAGCAGCCCAGACUCCUGGGGCUCUGCUGGGCCGUGGACUGAGGAGACAACGCCCACCGGGGGCCCUCGGUCUGGCCCUCCUGGGCCUCCAGGGCUGGGCCUGCUCUGCCUGGCACUGGCCGAGGCACCGAGGCACACAGCUGGCAUACUCCAGGCUCACAGACCACGCUGGCCUGGCAGGACACACCCUACCCCAAAUUCCCAACACAGAUGGAGGCAGCAACAAUAAAGCCAAACCCUACCAGCGCUCAGCACAGACCAGGCACCCUUCGGGGGCUCUGUCCACGGACUCUUCCCCACAACCAGUCCAGCUGGGGAAACUGAGGCUCUGGGAUGCUAAGUGGGUCAGGACUGAAUUUUGAGGUCUUGAGGCACACACUGGGGUCACCAAACAGCACCCUGUGCGACCCAGCCACGUGUGAUUGCAGGGAUGCCCAAGGCCACCCACUGAAAAAACACUGGGUGACAGAUAUAGGGAUCCUCACAUGUAUCCCCCCAACAGCAAGCAUGGGAAUAAAGUGCAUCCUUCAAGCUG